AUGGGUCAGGAAGAGACAUGGAGUAUCUGGAAGCAUGCUGAAUUUCUCCAUGGCUGCCUUUUGGAUGAUCGAGCAAGCCAAGUCCAAGUUGUCAUUAAUUGCUCUUGGCAGGUCUUCCAAAAUAGCAGGAUCGAUCUGUUGUCCCAAAGAACUGAUGUAUUGGUCCAAGUUGAGCUGAAUGUUUUCUCUCAACAAGUCUCUACACGAUGCAUGAGUGAGAGACUCGGAGAGGUGUCUGACAGUGUUGAUAUAUGCCUUUCUAAGCUUCAGCUCGUCAACCUCAAACGCAAAAUCUUUCAAAACGAGCGACUUGGUGGUCACCAAUGCAACAGAGUUGGUUCUGCUGACAACAGGAGGCAAGAUCUCACGGACUGCUUUGGUGAUUGCGAACUGAAACAGACGUCUGAGGAGAGUCGAAAGAGGCUUGUGCACCUGGAAGUUCCGAUUGUUGUUGCUGAGCAGCAGCCAACAAUCUUUGCUGCUGCAACUGUUGAAGAACGUUCAGUUGCUGUUGGGCGGCCUGAGGAGGUGCCAACACAGACUGGCCCAUACCAGGAAGUGAAACACCUCCCAGGUUAUGGGAAACGUUCUUCUGAUCAUCCAGAGACAUUCUCGCCAACUUGUUCGACCUUCAAUGAAUUGCAAACAACCUCGACUUCAAACUUCAGGUUCAACUUUAAUCCGGCAACGUCGUACAGUUCCUUCAAUGUUUGCAGUAUACCAACCAACCAUGGACUUGGGUAUUCAAACACCUUAGAUGAUUUCGUCUGGUCCAACACUUUGCAAACAAAUGGAAUGACAAUUUCCAAUUUCUUGUGGUCGAAUGCCUCAAUUAACAAUCCUUUGAAAGAUAAAUACUUGUGCUGGAUAGGCUUGUUUCUGGUCAAUGUCAAUCUUCCGAGCCAGGAACCAAGAUUCUUCAAAUGA